AUGCAGAUUUUUGCAUGGCAAACUAAUAGUGUCAGGGGAAGUACUAGCUCUCUAGGUAGGCGUGGAGUGUUUCUAGUUGAGGAGCAUAACUCACGCCACUGGGCUUGGCCUGAGAGAACAACACCCAUACCUUUUGAGGAUAACAUUCAAUGGGCCCACUCUCAAAUAUCUUUUGGUCAGCAUGCUACCCCAAAUUGGGCCUUGCUUGGGCCUUCAGAGAAGGGCCGAAACUCUGUAGCUCUUGAGGAGCUGGAUUCCCAACCUGAGAAGGAUCUAAGCCAAUCAACUCAUGUUGGAAAAAACAAUACUGACUCAACCCAUGGGCCUAGUUUAAACGCCAAUGUGGCUUUUGGAAGAAUGGGCGUUAAGAGAGAAGCUGAGUCCAGUUGGAGGUUUUUGAAGGAAGGAAAAAAACCAAAAGUCUUGAAAGGUGAAGGGCUAGUUGCUGAGGUAAAGAGUGGAAGGAUUAAGCAACGAAGGUUCACUAAAAGUCCAAAAGCUAGGAUGACGACGUCACGAGGACAGGUUCCCCAGGUAAUUGAAUUCUCAGAGGAGGGGUUGAGGGAAGUGGCAGUGGUCUUGGCGCCAACAUUGGAGUUGAGGGACUCACAUGUUGAAGUUACAAGUGCAGCAGAAACUGGCGGUGGUGGCUGGCCAAAGACAGCCACACGGGCGCCAUGA